GUUUGAGGAAGCUGUGGUCAGACAUGAGUGAGUUGCUGGGUGGGGAAAUACAGAGAGAGAGAGAGUGAUAUCAAGAAAGAGAUGUUAGAAAGGGAUUAGUCCAGCUUGGAUGAGAACUGAGAUCAACACAGCUCUGCAGGGUUGCUUAUGCUCAUCAGACCUGACAAACACUUCAAGCAAGAUGAAGAAAUGUUCCGCUGCUGUUAACGGCACUGCUAGCCCAGCUAGUGCCAACGGUAGCUACCUGUAUGCCAAGUGCGGCCAGCUGAGUGCAAAAAUGUCUGAAGCAAAUUGCGUUAGCCUCGGAGCACAGAACAGAGACUGCAAGAACAGACGAGGACCGGGACGUGUCACAACACACAGCCAGGAGCCAUCGGUCUCCACCUCGAAUGUGACACCACGUUCUCAUCAGCGGCGGUGGUCGGCCGACUUCUGCAAGUGUGGGACCUCCCCCAUCAUAACUGUGAAGAAGAACAAGAAGGAACCACCGCCUCCUCAGCGUGAAGUAUCCCUCCUCCUACCCCACGCGGCAGCCCAUUCUCCAUCCAAACGCUACUCCUGCCCCCCCAUUGGGGUCUUUAACUCGCCAACUCACUCCUCUUCUUCCUCAUCAUCCUCCACUUCUUCCUGCUCCUCUCCUCCUCCUGUCCCGACAUCUGUCAUCACCGGCCCCGAUCCUCUUGGCUGGAAGUUGCGUCCCAAGUCCAGCUCCGCCUCCCGCCGGGCUCGAGCGAACAGGCUGUCUCUGCAGAUUCCCAUCCCCGUCAUCUUGCCUGGACCAAAAUCUAGUCCUGCUGCUAACUCUCAAUCGGCCAAUGCUAAUCCAGAUCCCUCUCCUAAAACCAAACCUCCUCUCAUAUCCAAACCACCCCGCCGCCGCCACUCCGACUCCUCGGCCUACCUCAGAACCCUGACGGCCCCUCUACCUGUGGUGACGCUCGAGGAUCUCUGCGGCGUGCAUCUCCGUCCGCUCACCCUGUUGGAUGAGUCUGAUGAUGUCUUCAGUGGGGGGGAUGAAGAGGAGGCAAAUGUGACCGCUCGGCCUCGCAAAAUACCACCGCCCGUUCCGGAAAAAACUUCCGUGGCGAGACAGAUAGCACAGCUGCUGGCUCAUUCACACCAACGCUGUGGGCCUGGUACAGCUGAUGGGGAAAUCAUUUACAGCAGGGUUAUAAAGCCAAGACCUAAACAUUCCCAGCAGAGUGAGGACCACAACAGGCUGAAUGCUGGAAUAACUGCAGGGCUGCGUGUGGAUACCAGCUGCGACAGGGAGAGGUCCACUCCACGCUUCCCUGGCUGAGCAGACUCCAACACCACUAACUAGCAGGAACUAUUGUACAGAUUACAGUACAUGUGCUGUAUGUGCUGGGGAUGGGACAUCUUGGUCUACUUUUUACUUAAAGGUCUGAGAUUUAUCUAAGACUUUUCUAUCUGCCCUCCAACACCAGUGACUAUUCUCUGCCAUACAUUUGCUGUUACAGCAAUAUCUGUUGUAAAUAUUUGUAAAUAUGAUUUCAGUAUGACUUGAAUUCAGACAAGUGUUACGUUCCCAUACAACUACCCUGCAUUCUCAAUUAUGUUUUUCGAGGGAAACAUAUUUUCUCCCCGGAUCACAGUUGCAGUUUUAAACACGAGGUU